UUCUUUAAAUCAUGGCUGCAACACAUAGAGCAGCAUUGUUGCCAUCAGAAAUAAUGUAUGUAAUGCAAAGCAAGUGGUACAUCUGCCAUCACCGCAACAUUGACAUUAGUGAAUAGUGACAAAUGUUUGCUCUUGUAAAUUUGUAAUCCCUGAUACUGUUACACUUGUUGGUGAAACUGGCCUACCUCAAAAACCAUUUUCCUCCUAUAAAAACCUCCCCAUUCAUUCCAUCCUCUCCUACCUUCAAAGGCUCAACAAUCACUGCAACACAUAACCACCCUUCAGCUUCAGGGAUCGACUUCAGAAUUUAAACCAUGCUUCCUGGUGAGCUUACAGGACUUCACUACAUAGCACCAGAAAACCGGAUCCUGAUUCCAGCAGGCAUGAUGCAAAAUAGUAUGCCAGCUUUUCAUUUCGAUGGAUUCUUAAGCAGCCUACCCAAUUCCCACAUCCUUCAGCCUGCUCAUGAAUUCAUUGCUCAGUCCUCAAGUAUCAGCAAUAACUCAACUUCAGAUGAGGCUGAGGAACACCAGCUCAGCAUCAUCGAAAGGAAACAGCGAAGAAUGAUAUCUAAUAGAGAAUCUGCUCGUAGGUCAAGGAUGCGGAAACAGAAGCACCUGGAUGAACUUUGCUCACAGGUAAUCAGGCUUCGCAACGAGAAUAACAGUCUCAUAUACAAGUUAAAUCAUGUAUCAGAGUGCCAUGACCGAGUUCUUCAAGAGAAUGCAAAGCUCAAGGAAGAAGCCUCUGAUCUUCGCCAAAUGCUGUCUGACCUAAAAAUUGGCAGUCCUUAUUCUCUUGCAUUAAGAGAGCUGGAAGAGGUGCCCUGCAACACUGCUUACCUGAGAGCUGAGUCCACAAACCAAUCUAUUGUUAACUCUGUAGAUUUUCUUCACUGAGAUGAGAGUUAUCUUGCCAUAUAUAACUAUUCUAUGUUCCUCAGUUUGCUACUGUUGUUAAUCAAGCCUUUGCCAUGGUUUGAGCUGCAUGAGAUUAGAAUCAAACCAUACAAUAACAUCUUUUCUGAUCAUUUGAUCCUAACUCAGCUUAAUGGUCUAUUCACGUCAUGUAAACAAUCCAUGGUUUGAAGCAACUGUUUGCAGCUCUUCUCGCCACAUAACAUUCCAGAGAAGAAU